ACCUCCCCGACGAAGUCUCGGGAGGGAGAGCAGGGAAAGGAAACGCCGGGAUGCAGAUCAGGAUCCGCUGCGGCUGCGGCGAAGGGACCUGCGCCGAGUGGGCCGUCGUCGAGCUCCAGGGCGUCGUCGAGCCCCAGCCGUCGAUCGGUGAUCAGAUCCAGGGUCUUGAGAUCGGACGCCUCUGCUGCACCUCAUCCUCUUCUUCCUCUCCGGGAAGCUACACCUUCACCGUCGGCUACCAUGAAUUGACCGGGUCGAAAGUGGCACUGAAGAAGCCACUGUUGGUGCUGAAGAAAAGGAAUGCAGCGGGUAGAGAGGAGCCGGAAGUGGGAGGCUCGUCGGUGGUGGAAUUGGAAGCCAUUGGAAUUAUUCGCCACAAGAUACUCUUCAAGAGCAGGCCCAAAGCCUUGAUUUCAAGGGCACAAACAAAAGAAAAGAAAAUCUCAUAAAGACUGAAUGCAUAUGGCUAAGGGGAAGAUUUCUUCUAUUGCCUGAACUCAAUGCUUUUGAACUAUGGAAGUUUUUUCUAAGAGGGUGAUGGAUGUGUGGACAAAUUCAAUAUAACCAUGUUUUCAUCAAUAGAUGUCAAAGUUUAUCUGUA